AUGGAAUAUUCGAUCGAAUCGACUAGUAAAAAAGUUUAUGCUCACAUAUGGAACACUCAAGAAUUGUUGGUUUCAUUCGAUGGAUGUGGUAUCUUUCGCAAUUGGCGUAAUAAUCCAGAAUGGAAAACGACAAGUGGCUGGUAUCAUGUUGAUCAAAAUCCAAAAAACAAACCAGAUCGAUGUUGCAUUCAAGGUUUUGUUACGCUUACUGAUCAAAAUGAAAAAACCGGUGGUCUUAUCGUUUUUCCACGUUCACAUCUACGUUUUCAUGAAUUGCUUGACGUGACAAAAUCUUCCAAAGAUUUUAUCGACAUUCAAAAUAAUAAUUCAAUCAUAACUCGUGGCAAACUUGUUCAUUGUCAAGCUGGUGAUCUUGUUCUUUGGGAUAGUCGCAUGGUUCAUUGUAAUUCACCUGCUAUUGCUAUUGAAGAACGGGCAAAAGAUGAGCCGAUCGAUCUAAUUCGUAUCGUUGCCUAUGUUAGUAUGAGUCCGACAUCAUUUGUACGUGAUCAAUCGCUUGAAGAAUUCCGUGAAAAACGAAAACAGAUGGUAGAAAAUAAUUAUACUCUAACACAUUGGAGCACGGAACUUGUUGUGACAGGUACAGUUUUCACAUGA